AUGACUCCCUGUCAGCUGAUAUGAUCAACACGGAAGUGCGAUGUUUACCACCCAAAAUUCAGAUCGACAUCGCAAGCUCUUAACAGAGAGAGUGAGGGGAAGGGACUGCAAUAGUGCAAUGUGUUAUAAGAAAAGUAAUCUAACGACGAGUUAGAGUAGUCAGCACUCGAUAACCCUCUGCGCUGUACAUAUAACUUUAGCGAUGGAUCAUCGCGCUGUUCUCCUUGCUCUGUGCGCUCUGCUGUGUGUGACAUUCGCAGCAGAUGAAAUUAUCGGAGAUGGACACUCGCAGGAGCUGUCAGGAGCUAAGCUGUCACUUCUUGGUGAAACUAGUAAUGGUACAAAUGCGACCGACCUCACCUACGGAUUUAUCUCGUGCGCUGUGGCCGUGGUGUUCUACGGGAGCAACUUCGUUCCGGUAAAGAAGAUUGACACCGGCGAUGGAAUGUUUUUUCAGUGGGUUCUCUGUGCUGCUAUAUGGAUGGUGUCUCUGGUUGCGAAUUUAAUACUGAACUGUCCCAGAUUCUGGCCCCUGGCGAUGCUGGGCGGAGCUAUAUGGGCUACAGGAAAUAUAACAGUGGUGCCCAUAGUGAAGACAAUUGGCCUUGGACUGGGGCUCCUCAUCUGGGCCUCCUUUAACCUGCUCAUGGGCUGGGCCAGUUCAAGGUUUGGCUGGUUUGGCAUCAAUGCAGAGAUUGUAGGAAAGCCUGUGUUAAACUACACUGGAGCUGGGUUGUGCUUUCUCAGUGCCAUUGUGUUUUUCUUUGUGAAGAGUGAUGUCCAGAGAGUACGAACAGCAGAAGAGACCCCUUUACUCAUAGAUAAUACUAUAAAUUCAGGUGAUGCUUCUUCAGAUGAUUCGUGGGUGGAUAGACUCAGACCCAGUACUAAAAGACUUGUAGGCUUUAGUAUGGCUGUUUUUGCGGGUUUGCUGUACGGUUCCUCUUUUAUCCCUGUACUCUACAUCAAAGACCACGCAGACGAUCCAGACAGCCAUUUCCACGGAGCCAGUCAGUUUGAUCUGGACUAUGUGUUUGCUCAAUUUAGCGGGAUCUUUCUCACCAGCACAGUCUAUUUCCUCAUUUACUGUGCAGCAAUGAAGAACCAACCCAAAGUCUUCUCCAAAGCCAUCCUACCAGGGUUUCUCUCAGGGAUCAUGUGGGGAGCGGCUACAUGUUGCUGGUUCUUAGCUAAUCACUAUCUGAGUGCGGUGGUCAGCUUCCCGAUCAUCACAACAGUCCCAGGUCUUAUUGCAGCUGCGUGGGGAGUAGUGGUAUUUAAGGAGGUGAAGGGUUUACGGAACUUCCUGGUGCUUGGGAUAGCCUUCUGCUUAGUGCUAACAGGCGCACUGCUGACGGCCUUCUCCAAGGUUUAGUGAACCAUCACCACAACUUGACGGCCUUCUCCAAGGUCUAGUGAACCAUCACCACAAGGGAGCAAACAAGUAAAAAAGAACCCAGGGAAUUUGACUGUUUUUUGGAAUUUGUAAAAUAAUAUGUUACUGAAAGAUUUAUGUUUACAUUAGUAUUAUUAAUCAGGUUCAGGAUAUUGGCAGUAUCCCUUCAUGUAAGAUCCAUUCCAUGUUCUCGUGUGCCAAGUUUUUCAUUUGAAAGAAGAAACUUUUUUUUGUAGACCACCUCAGUCCACUUAAUGUGCUGACCAUUGUCCUGCUUAUCAUUUUAUUUUUCUUGAUUCAGUGACUGUUCGUGAUGGCUAAAAAUUGACAAUGUGAAAUGAUAACUUUGGUUAUAUUCUAAAAAGGGUGAUUUGUUUUAGUAUUUUGUUAUGUUUGGUGUCUUGGUGAACAGUUUCACUUUUACAUGUGAAACUGUGAGUGUGUGGGAAAUACUUUUUUUUUUUAGAUACUUUUUAUAGGUAUUGAUGGACUUGAAGGGCGUUUGGGAUGAUUAUCAUAAUCUAUUUUCUAAUUUGUUUAUUUUUUUAAACAUAGAAAUCCACAUUGAAGAGAAUGAACAUAUGUCUUUAUAAAUAAAAACAUAUUAACACUCUGA